GAUUGAUAACGUGUCAGUUGCUUACCAUUUUUUUCCCUUUCUUUUUGGAGAAACGACAUGAUAAUAUAUGGAGUAGUAGCAAAAGAAUGGAGUAUUUAUUUUUUUUGUAAACAGAAAAAAAGGAAAAAAUGCUCUUUAUUUUUGGCUGGGCUGCUGUUCAUUUUAAGUCCGUCCAUCCAUCUUCCUUUUCUCUUAAUUAGCCGCUGCAUCGAUCUCCUUCUUCCCUCCCGACAACUGCAAGGCAACAGCCAUUGUGGGCGUCGGAGGAAUAUUGCGAUGGAGCCCGCGUGUCGCGUAGAAGAGUAAUUAAAUUAUGAGAUGAGGAUUACGUUCUGCAUGCAAUGCAUUUCUGAGGACCAAAGUGCAAUUACAGAUCACGUUAUGUCUUUAAGGAUCAGUCUGAGUACCUGCUGCAGGCUCCAAUACAUUUAAUACUAACUGUUCAACAAUUUAGAUUAGUCGUAUACGUACUCGAUCUAAUAUUGGCCGAACAUAUACAUAUAUACAUAUACAAGCGUACGUGCAAGAUUGAAAAGAUUUUUGUGCUUAAUUAAUUAAUCUUCUCUCUUACGUUACAAUGCUUACUGUAUGUAUGUAUAUAUAUGAGAGCAGUAUUCUCCUGAUUGAUAAUGUUUUGCAUUUGGUUUAUACUUCAUCAUUAUGUUUGAGGUUUUAUUUAGCACCCACCAUUAUCGAUCUUCUUAUUCCACGCUCUCGCAUCAGUAAGUUAACGGCAAAGCAUGCAGCAGAGGAUCCAAAAUUAAUCAUUAUUUUUUAUCUUAAUUUCCUUUUUUUCUUAAACGUUAUAUUAUAUAUGCGUAGUAGUAGUGUUAACUUCACUUUGUUUAGUUCUGAUGCAAAUGAAUGCCAAUUAGGAUUUGAGGAGUUUAUAAAUGAAAGAAACCACAUAGAGGUAGGUAGGUAGAAAUGAAAAAUUAAUACAUGUAAGAGUAGUAGUAUCCCCCCCGCGGGAUGAACAUAAAAUGCUGUCCUGUUUUCAGCAAAUCAUCAUGAAUCACGAUGUUAUAUAUGUUACCUCUUCUUCUUAAUUCCCAGAGUAGUCAGAAAUGAGAUGCCGUAUAUUAUAUAUGAGGAGGACGACCGUAAUUAUAAGGUGAGUUGGGAAUGAUGGGGCCUAGGCCCUGCAGGGUAUUACUUACUAAUCCUUGUCCUAGCUAACAAACACUAGUAAUAUUGAAGUUGAAGAUAUACAUAUAUAUAUGUACAGUACCUUCCUAGCUAGGCGGUCAUAUAUAAUCCUAGUCCUAUUACAUUUCUUUUUUUUUUUUGGCAUUAAUCAUCCAGAUUAAAGUGCAAUAUGACAGCCCAAAAGUUGGAGUCGGUGUUUCCAAUGUAUGUUUGUUUUCUUCUUCUUCUUCUUCUUCUUCUUUUACUCCAUGGUAAAUGGAAUACAAGGAGUAACAUCAUACUACUGGAAGAAAGAAAGAAUUUAGGGUUGCAUCUCAAAGGAAUAAUCUGAAGUCAGCAAAGAAAUGCAUGGUAUAAGCUAGAUUGCUGUAAUUAAUACACUACUUUUUAUCUUUCUUCCAAUUUCCACUAAGUUUUUCCUGUCUUCUGCAGAUCGAUUUGUACUUUUUCUUCCAUCUUGUAUAGCUCUUUUGUAGCUCGGUGCUCGCCGAAGCUUUUGUAGCUAGCUCAGAAAGCGUAUUAGGACAUCCUAAACUGAAGCAGUUGUUCGCCUUUGUCCUAUUCCCAUUCCUAGUACUUAUAAUGGAGGAUCAAAAUCAUUUUUACGGAAAUUAAUAAAACAUUCUCCCUCGAUUGCAUUGCAUCAUCCGCUGAAAUUUGAGCACACCGAGUCCAGAUUGCAGCUUAUGCCAUUUCUGAAAUGCUUAAUGCAACACAGUAGAAAAAAGUAAAAGGAAAAAAAAAAAGCAAAGCAGCCAGAAUGAAAUUUAUGAAGCUUGGGACAAGACCGGACACCUUCUAUACAGAAGAGGCCACCAGGACUGUAAUUUCAGGGGUGCCUACUGACCUCACUGUUCGCAUCAACAACAUUUCAUAUCACCUUCACAAGCUUCCGCUACUUCCAAAGUGUGGCCUCCUGCAACAACUUUGCUCAGUCUCUGAGGAAUCUGGAAAUGUUACUCUUGAGCUGCAUGAUAUUCCUGGAGGAGAAAAUGCUUUCGAGCUGUGUGCAAAAUUUUGCUAUGGAAUCACAAUCAAUCUCAGUGCUCAUAAUUUUGUAUCUGCUUUCUGUGCUGCAAAGUUCCUCCGAAUGACUGAAGCAGUUGAGAAGGGAAACUUCGUUGCAAAGCUAGAGGCUUUCUUCACUUCGUGCAUUCUGGAAGGCUGGAAAGAUUCCAUUGUCACAUUGCGGAGCACUGGAAAGGUUCCUGAGUGGUCAGAGAAUCUUGGGAUCAUUAGAAGAUGCAUUGACUCUAUUCUUGAGAAAAUACUGAAACCUCCAGCAAAGGUCACAUGGUCCUUCACUUACACUAGGCUGGGAUAUGAACGAAAAGGUCACCAUUCCGUACCACGAGACUGGUGGACAGAGGAUGUAUCUGACCUUGAUUUAGACCCCUUCAGAUGCAUCAUUGCUGCCGUAAGGUCCACCAACAUUCUACCUCCUCAGCUGAUUGGUGAAGCUUUGCACGUCUAUGCAUGUCGUUGGCUACCAGAUCUUACAAAGACCAGUGGAUCUUCUGAAAGUUCAGGUGCCCAAUCUGCCCAAAGGAAACAGCAAAUCCUUGAAACCAUUGUUAGCUUGAUUCCGGUAGAUGGAGGAUCUGUCUCAGUCGGAUUCCUACUGAGACUCCUCAGCUUGGCAAAUCUCCUAGCGGUUUCUCCAGUAAUAAAGGCUGAACUCAUACGGAGAUCAGGCCAGCAACUAGAGGAGGCAAAGCCGAAUGACCUGCUGGUUCCCUCUUGUAAUUGUGAUGAUCAUUAUUCCUAUGACAUUGACUUGGUUGGGGCACUACUAGAAAGUUUCUUGAGGCUGUGGAAGAGACGAUCAAGAGAGAGGCAAUCCAUUAAGUCAAUCAUUAAUGUGGGAAAGCUCGUUGACUCUUAUCUUCAAGCGGUCGCAAUGGAUGUCAAUAUGCCGGUGCAGAAAGUGGUUUCAUUAGCUGAAGCUGUUCCAGAAAUUGCGCGACCUCAGCAUGAUCAACUGUACAAGGCAAUCAACCUUUAUCUCAAGGAGCAUCCUGGUCUGGCCAAAGCAGAUAAGAAGCAGCUCUGCCGCAUUCUUGACUGCCAGAAGUUGCCUCCGGAGAUACGUUUGCAUGCAGUGAGAAAUGAGAAUCUACCUUUGAGAACUAUUGUGCAGGCACUCUUCUUCGACCAAGGAAGAGGCUACAGGGGAAAAGAUCAAAAACUUCCAACUGGAGAGCAAUUUCGCAGCUGGCAACAGAUCUCACAACUUUGCACGGAUGAUAUGAGCAAACCUAAAUUGCGUUCAAGUAAAGAAUCACCUGAAGCAGAGGGACUCAAACACCAUGCACCCGUUGCAAGCAAACGAGUAAAUAAAAAUUUGAGCAAGUCAGAUGGCAGGCCGGGCAUGGAACCCACAUCAGACACUCCUAGACACGAUGGUGCCGUAAGAGAUUCAAGGAAAGGCAAGGAAGUCAGAGACCGCAAUAACGGGAGUAAGCCCGAGCAUCUCCAGAUCUUAGCCAGGAGAACAGGAUCGCACCACAGCCAGGGUAAAAGCUGAGAGAGCUAGCACAAACGUAGUCGAGUAUAUUCUCCUGUAGAUAAAUAAAACGCAGAUUUCUAAUCAGAGCUCAUCUUUGGACAUGCCGAUCACCAAUUUGUACAGCACUCAAAUUGAAACUAUUCCCAGUAGUCCAUUGAAGCUGUUGCUCACUGAAGGAGUGACUCAAAAAACUCCAAUAAAGCUAUAUCCUAGUAGCAGGUAGCGGAGUGACUCAAUGGUAAAUUCUUUCCACGUUUCAGCGGAGAACUCGAGUAUACUUCAGCAAGAAACCAUUCAGCAAUAUGUUUACUCAAGUACACUUCAGCAAGAAACCAUUCAGCAAUAUGUUUACCGUAUUUAGUAAUGCUUUUUCUUCUAUUCUUGAAGCAUGAUUUCCGACAUGAUUGUUCAGCAGAAGAAACUACUCCAUAUCUGCUCCAUUUGGGGCCUAAACCACUUAGAGAUUUUCCUCUUUAGGUGCUAAGAUCUGUAGCUUUUUCUUGUUUAAGUUGCAUCACACUAUUAAAGUUCCUUCACUGAAUAAUUCCCUCGUUUGAUAACAGUGGUAUCUCUAGUUCUUCUGUGUAAAUCAACAAAACAGCACCCACAUUAUGUGAGAAAUUGUAUGUAGAGUUUUAGACCUUUUA